AUGGGCCAGAAGAACGCUGUCAUGACGUACCGCCUCGUCACCAGGGGCACGGUGGAGGAGCGCAUGAUGCAGCGCGCCAAGGAGAAGAUGGUGAUGGAGCAUCUCGUGGUGUCAAAGCUGAAGAAGGGCGGCGCCCGGGAGUCGCGGCUGGAGCAGUCCACGCUGGACGACAUCCUCAGGUGGGCGGCGGGCGGGUGA